AAGAGGUGCCUGGCUCUUCCAUUCAGGUGUUCAGGUGCUGAAGGGCUGGAAGUUUCCCUGCGCUUUUCCCAGCCUUCUUGAGAAGAAGUGGUUGAAGGUGGCCGUGGGACACUGUGGUCAGACCCCCACCAGGCUGGUGGUGCCUCGCUGCGCCGUGCCAGCCACCAUGGAGACGCUGUCCCAGGACUCCCUGCUGGAGUGCCAGAUUUGCUUCAACUACUACAGCCCGCGUAGGCGGCCCAAGCUGCUGGACUGCAAGCACACGUGCUGCUCGGUGUGCCUGCAGCAGAUGAGGACCAGCCAGAAGGACCUGCGGUGUCCCUGGUGCCGCGGCAUCACUAAGCUGCCGCCGGGCUACUCCGUGUCACAGCUGCCCGAUGACCCCGAGGUGAUCGCCGUCAUCGCCAUCCCCCACACCUCUGAGCACACCCCUGUCUUCAUCAAACUCCCCAGCAAUGGGUGCUACAUGCUACCCCUGCCCCUCUCCAAGGAGAGGGCUAUGCUGCCGGGAGACGUCGGCUGUCGCCUCCUGCCCGGCAGCCAGCAGAAGUCCCUGGCGGUGGUGACGAUCCCAGCCGAGCAGCAGCCGCUGCAGGGUGGCCUUCCUGCUGAGGCAGGUGCGGAGGAGCCUGAUCGCAGAGGCGUGGUGAAAAGCUCCACCUGGUCGGGGGUUUGCACUGUGAUCCUGGUGGCCUGCGUCUUGGUCUUUCUCCUGGGCAUCGUCCUCCACAACAUGUCAUGCAUUUCCAAGCGCUUCACGGUGAUCUCAUGCGGUUGAGGGGUGUGGGGCUGCCCCGGGGUUGCUCACCCAGGGGUUGGGUUGGUGGUGGUGGUGGUAUCGAGUGAGACAAUUCGCCGAAACUUUGGCCGAUGACUGCAGGACAUUUUGUUCCCAGAUGGUGGUGCGCCAGCCUGGCCACAGCCCUCGGCACCAGUGGAAAAACCUAUAUCCAGUGUCUGAUGGUAACGGCAAUGAGAAGGACUGCAUGCGUCACACCAUAAUCAUUUAUCAAAGGGACUGUAAUUUAUGGCAGUUUUUAUUGUGUUAUGAGAUUAAAGACAUCUGUGUAGCUGGUUGUACUGUAAAGUAUGCAGUAUGAGCUCUUCUUUAACUGCGGUAGCUCAAAAUCAGAACUGCUCCAUGUAGAAUUGAAGGAGAACUGGCCUGUGACUCAGUGAAAAGUGUUCGAUACCAACCCACACGUGUUAUUUUUUAACUGGGGGGGAAGGGGGAGACUUGUAAAACAGAAAUCAUUUAGUUGGUAAGACAUUUUCUAUGUUUUAAGCUGCACAUUAAUUAAACUAAGUUAGAAGGUUGUACAAUAGUUUUUAAAAGGAAACAUUUUACAAGCAAUCUUUUGGUUCUGUGGUGUGUGGUUUUUUGCUUCUAUGUCUGAUUUUUCCCCACUGUUUUCGGCUAUGGGGAAGUGACGCUUCCAGAAUCUUCUAUUUGAAGGAAGUUCUGAGCAGGGAAGCAAAGUGAGCCUAGGAGGAAUACUUAACAAUGCAGCCAAACAUUUCUGCCUAACCUACUUCACAUGAAGAAUGGCUCUGAAUGGUGAACAUUAGUCAUACUGUUUUACCUCUGAUCUGGCAAGUGGGUUUCCUGCAGACCUGGCCUUCAUGGCCAUUAGUGAAGAAGUGGGUCAUGAGAAGUCCUAGGACUCCUUCCUGCUAGGACAUGACAGCAAAUUGUUCUUCCUUUUCUUUUUCUAGACGUUGGGUUUUCUUAUUUUUUUUUUUAGAGAAAUGUACACCUAUUUUGCCUCCCUAUCUCACACGAGAUACAGCUGCACACCCAUGGGUAGUGUGAAAAAGAAGUUGCUGUAAGGAAGCCUCACCAUGGCAACAGACCAUGGACCCUUCUGUGCAAUCUUUACGCUUUUGUGUAAGAGGCAGUGACAGAGCUGGAAGAAGAACACAGGUCAGCCGAACCCUCUUCUGGGUUGUGCUGUCCCUCGUAAGUCAGUGUGGCUGUCCUGGUGUUAAAAUGCAUAGGUGAGCAUAAUGCAGACCUUUUGCCACAUUUCAUAUGAAUGUUGGUCUUUGUUAUGACAGAUACGAAGAAAAAGCACAGAAAGUAUCCCUAUCCACCUAUGAAUGUCCUAAUCUCCCAGUUAUUUGCAGUUCUCUACUCAGAAUGAGCCAAAUUCCUGAACCUGCAUUUCAGGAGCGCCGUGCUCCACUAGAUUUAGUUAGUACUGUUUGUAGCUUAAAUGGAGCUCUGUGUGAAUUGCUAAGCGUGAAUGCUGAAAUCUGUGAGAUUUAAGGAUUGGAUUGAGAGGCACAUAGCAGGCCUUUACUAAGACAAAAUUCUAUUGAUUAGCACUGGUUCUUUUUGCAAGUACAGAGUAUGAGCACUUGCCUACGUGUAAUCUCCCCGAAGAGUGACUUGUCCACCCAGUGCUCUCUCUAGUAAUUAGUUAGAGAUUGUUCAAGGUUGUAUUAUAACAACAGAGAACAUAAUUUUGACUGUACAGUGCCAAGGUUGGCCUUGUAGAUGGUGGUGGUUUUCUGAUUUUGUUUCUGGUUCACAGUAAACAUUCUCAACUAGAAAUUUCAAGAACAUACCUCUGACUUAGUGCUGGAUUUCUUUCCCUCCUUGUUCCCACACCACCAUUUUCUUCCUUAAUUUCUGUUAACUGCAGGAUAGCAUAAACAUAUGGUGCUUAAUUGUUAUGGUAUACGUAUGGUCACGUUUGGAGAGGAACUGUCAUAUAUAUUCAUAGCACAGAAAAAAAAACAACAUUAUCCUCAGAUAACAAAUUCAAUGCCUUUUUUUGUGCAAGGUGAUGUGCAGUAUGCCUUGAUCUUACGAGAAUUGUAAUGCAUCGACAUCUCUCAGCAGCACAUUUGAUUUGAUUGCAGUAAAGAAUGGCAGGAAUUCCAGAAUGUGCCUGUGAACGUGUUAAUCUCUUGUUCCCAGUAAGCAGCCAGGUUUCUGGUGACAUCCACACUCUACUGCUUAUUAUGUAAAGAAAAGCCAGUUCACCAAAAACUCUUGCCUUUAUAGACUCUUAAGGAAGUGACUAAAUACAGGACUCAGCCCUCUACUGCCUUAUCCCCUGUAGCAAUUCAUGCUUAUACCAGGAGUACUUAGCGUAGCUGGGAGGUGCUCUGAGAACAGCACGGAAGCAUUUGGCAUCAACUUCUGCAUCUCUGAGAUUUUGAUGACUGCAUAAAGACACGAAGCAGUCAGAGAGCAGGCCCAGGAGAUAACGGCGCUAACCCUAACCUUGUGCUGCCCUUGGAGCUCUUGAGGCCAAGGUUUCUCUGCAUUGCAGAGAAGUUGUCUUGAAAACUGCCCCUCUUCAUCCUCACAUGAAGAGUGCUGUAUGAAGGAGCAACCAGAAAUUAGGUUAAAAUACCAUACUGCAUAACACAUCAUACAACAGGCAGAAGUGGAGUUUAUCUGGUGUUAAUGACGUACUGUAUUAGCAGAAUACCAUCCCGUGUUACGUAAUGCACUGCAUUGUUUUGUUAGUAUGAAUUUCCUGUACUUUUAUGCCUGCUGAAAUGCAUGUUUGACCUAAUUUCUGAUCCAGCCAUUUACCUGCUUACGGCCUUGUGUAAGAGCAAUAAGGAAAACCUCAAGAUUUUUGUCUGCGUGUGUGGUGUGUAUGUUAAUUCCUUCUUUUUAACAGAAAUUCAAGAGAUGUUUUUGUUCUGGCUUUAGACUGUGACUCUCAUUUUAAAUUUGCAGCUGCCACGUCGUGUCGGAUCACCUUGCGUAUCUGCUGACUUAUACAGAGGAGAACUGAAUAGUUUGUUGUCAUGUGCAGUGUUAAAAAUGCUUCUCAAGUAUGUCAAUAGUCAUCCCGUGUUCCACGGUCCAAUUCCUGGCAUUGAAAAGUACUGCUAUAAACAGAGUUUGGAUCAGUUUUGUUCUUUUUUGUUUUUUUUUUUUAAAAGCAUCCUUGUCUUUAUAUGUUUUUUUCUGUGGAGACGUUUGGCAUUGUGUGAAAAUCAGUGAGUUCUGGGCUAAUUUUUUGUUGCCUGCUGUCCAGUAAGAAGUCAAAGUCACUGCUGAGUUUCACCAAACAAAAAAGAGACUGUGACUCCAGUGCUGUCUGAGCAGCCAAAAAUUAGACUGAAAGUAGUUGUGGGAAAUUACAAACGCACCUGCAUUUUUUAGAACAAAUUACUCUGUGAAUGUGUAUUUAAUGGCUUGUUUAGUGGGAAGAAUGUGUGCGUUGGGUUCCAACUUCUUUGUUAUCCCAGAAGGCCCUGACUUCCAUUUUUGGCUUCUGCUUUCCUGGCAAACAGACUUUAGGAUUCACUCUGUGAAAUUUGGUUCAGUGAAUUUUAAAAAUUCAAAAUAUGCAAUUUUGGUAUGUGGGAUUUCUUUUAGGAAAUUGUGCUCAGUAAUUCUUCAUGCUUAACCACGAUGUAAAGGAGUCUGAAUGUUUUGUGAACAUGGAGCAAUCAUGAGUCCAAAGUUUCAUCUUUAUUAAUGAAGCUCGGUCUGAAUAAAACAUUAGCAGGAAAAGAAUGAUAUUGAAUGAAUUAUGGUACCUCUGUUACUUUGCUAUCAAAGAGCGUGGAUGGGAAUUUGGCAGAGUUGCUGUUUUUUUACGAGGGGUUGGCUGAAAUUCGAUUCUUAGUGUUUUAAGGCAAAGCGUUAAGCGUGGGUUGUAGUAAAUGAUAAAAGGAUUUUCACAUUUAAUUACCAUGGAAUAUGAAAUUAGAGCUGAAGACUACUAAGCCAUGCAACAGAUUUUUCUAUCUGCUUAAUCAGAUGAUUUAAAAGUACUUAAGUACACUUCGUGCUCAUGGAAGUGAGGAGCUGUUGGCCUUGACUUGACAUGCAUUGCACUGUUGGGGACCUGGCUCUGCCCUCCCAGUCGUGGUAAUGCCAUGAGCCAUGAGCCCUGGGUCACUUCUGUCGUAGGUCUUCUGAAACAAGGGUGGCUGACUUUGGACUGGUUUUGGUACAUUCAUAAUGGAGCUAAAAUGAAAGAAAAAUAUUAAUACCCAAUUUCCUUAUCCUGGUUGCGCAUAUAGCGUGGCUUGAGAGUCGUCUUUUUCCAGACUUUUUCCGUGUUUGGAUGAGGACAAAGCAGGGAUGGAGGGAAGAAGAGAUUGCACGGGAACAAAUGAGUUCUGGUGUCAUCCAGGAGGCUGCUGAAAUAUCAGCUCGCCCUGGAGGCAACGUUUUUUUGCCUGAGCUUCAGCAGAGUGAGAUGGCCUGGCGAUGCUGUAGUGGAUUUACAGCAUGUUUUAGUGACCUUUCCCAUGCUGUUAUGCUGUCUGUGGGCUUGACAGCUGGGGCUGUUCUGUUCUUUCUCUUUGUCACUUUGCCUCUUGCAUGCUUGUGUCAACAAACAAAGCUGCUUGCUUCGUCCUCAAGUUGAAUGAUUUUGCAGAUGUUUCUGAAGUUGCCUUGAGCAUCUUUAAUGAAAAAAAUUACCUUCAAAUUUCAGUGAAAUUUAAGGCUUAAUAAAUGCAUUCUUGUUUUUCAAGUGUUUCCUAAUGCUUCAAUAAAUUUCUCAUUUUAGCUCUAAGUAAAUCCUAUAAUUUUUGUGCUAACCAGUUCCUAUACGUCUAAAGCAAUUCACAGAGACUAGAUUAGAUCCACAGCCAAAAAAAAAACAACUUCCUAUCCUUCCCACAAUCCCCUUCGGAUCUGCACAAGCCUGUUUUCCCCCUCCUCAUUUGUACCAUCCUGAGGCACCUAAGCAUGACAAUGAGAUGGAGACUUGUGGGAAUGUACUGAGACCCUGCAUGUAGGAGCAUGGGGAAGUGUGGCCAUGCUCAGGGGUGGAGGGUAAGCACACAGCACAUGCUCUUAUGUAAUAGAGGCCAAAAGGAUUAGAAAAAGGGCUCCAGGCACUUACUGCUCAGGAAGGUUGUGUACUUUACGGUGCUGAGAUAGAUGGCAUGAUAGCACAAAGUCCAGGUAUUGCUGCCUGGUUUUUGCAUGAGAUAAGCGCAGCUCCCUUUGAGCUGCCUUGUGCAAACAGACACCUUGUGCUGCUGCAUAGGACCAUUGCCUCCAAGUCAGGGUGUCACAGAACAGCUAGAAGCCUGGGUUUUUACUCCAGUAUGGGCUAUGAAUUCAUUUGGAGUUCAUUUUUAACACCUUUGUCAAGCACUCCUGAAAGCUUGAAGGCAGCAUAGAGGCUUGGCCUCAACAGGCUCAAGAGCAGGAAGAAAUGGCACAGAAGGAGAAGGGAAAUGAGCAGUCAAUUAGGUGGUCACCUGCAGAUUCAGAUCUGCGUGUACAAAACCAUCUAUCUUGGUUUUGAAACUCCAGAUUGCUUUUUUUCUUUCAAUACUUUGCAGAUGGGAAGCUGCCUAUUUCAGUAGUGUAGUUUUCCAUGUAACUGAGAAGCUUGAUGAGUGGGCAGGAAUACUUCAGGGUGCCGAUACGUUGCUGAAGCUCAGGACUCAGGUACAAGCUAAACAGAAGUUCAACAGGAAGAAGAUGGGAUAAAUAAAAGAAGCAAAUGAGUGAAUGUUCAGUGUGUGUGGAUCUGUUGCACUGUAGAAAAUAAAAGCUUGUUUUGUUUGCAUGUGUGUUGCCUGAUCCUAAGAAAAGCAGGUGGCCAUCUCCCACGAUAAAUCAUGAAGUUGGUAACAAAAGUUGUAAAUUCCAAACAGCUAAGGACAGGAUUUAUUGAACCUCUUAGGCCUGAGAAGGUGUAAACAAAAGAAGUGGCUAUUUUGUACUGCUGCUGUACUCAACUUAUGAGGCAUAAGGCAGGAGGAUCAGAUGAACAGUGUGUGACCUUCUGCUUUGGUUCUUGGGAUGGAGUAAAUAGAUAAAUUGAGAAAUUUAAACUUCUUGCUCAAGGUUACUGGUUCACCCAUCUUGAGAAUGACAAAAGGAUGUGUGUGUGCUGUCGCUGUGCUGAUCGGAUUUGGAAGCAUUGCCCCAUAGGCCCUGUGUGCACUGCCUAGACCUGAAGCAUUAGGGUUUGUGCAUGCUUAAGAGGGUAAGAAUGUGCCUCAAGAUCUGAAAAAGAGAAAAAAAAAAAGAA